CCACUAGAUGGAGCUGUGAGGAAUCCAACUGACUUCUCUUUCUUGAAUACAGUAGUCGCUUUCAACCAAACGUUAGAUUCACUUUGCUCACAAAGAAGCCAGACAUAAAUUUCAAUUAAUAUUUGGGAAAAAAUGGCUUCAGGUUUUAAAUUUGUUCGAUUUUUUGGUGGUUUUGUUUUUGGAGCUACUGUUAGCACUGGCGCAUGCGUGGUAGCAGUUAAUCUGUAUCUUCAUCCUGAAGAGUCCACACAAAAGAAAGAGAGUUCAACACAGAGACUCAUUAAGCUCUAUGGGCUCCCUGUGGAUGGAGGUGACACCAGAUACUAUACCAACCACAUCUUGUCGUAUGAUCAGAGCCGAAGAACACCGAGAUGGGUGGCUGAACACCUGUCUGAAGAAAAACUACUUGGAAAAGCGGACAGAAAGCACUGCAAAUUCAAGCCAGACCCCGACAUCCCAGAGCUGUUCACAGCACACAAUGAAGACUACCUUGGCAGCGGCUGGUCUCGAGGACACAUGGCACCAGCUGGCGACAAUAAAUUUUCAGAGCAAUCAAUGGCGGAGACGUUCUAUCUGUCUAAUAUUGUCCCACAGAAUUAUAAAAACAACGCCGGUUUCUGGAACAGGUUGGAGAUGUAUUGCAGAGAGCUUACAGAGAGGUUCAGAGACGUGUGGGUGAUUUCAGGGCCGCUUACUCUUCCACAAACGAGAGAGGACACAAAGAAAAUCGUCUCUUAUCAGUUAAUCGGGAAAGACGAUGUUGCCGUGCCCACUCAUCUUUACAAAGUGAUCCUGGUGAGGAAAGAGCAUUCGUCUGAUGUGCUGGGUCUCGGUGCCUUUGUAGUGCCGAACGCUCCGAUCGGUUUUGAUCACCAGCUGAAGGAGUUCCAGGUGAGCCUCACAGAGCUGGAGAGAAUGUCAGGCCUGACCUUCUUCCCUCAACUGGACAAGAGCCAGAGUGUGCAGAACCUUUGUCUGCUGGACUCCUGUGAGCUCAUGGACUUUAAUCGUUUCACGCUGUACAUUACCGGCCGUAAGGUGAAGGGGGUCAAAUCUUUGGCGAAGCUGGAGAAGAUAAUGGUGGAGCUUAAGGAAGCCGGUAUUGCUCCAGAUGAAUACUUGACUAAAGUGUACUUUGAAAAGAAGCAAGAACUCCUAGAAAAGGAAAGCCCACAAGGCAAAGGAGGAUAACAUUUUGAACUGUUGUGUUUUGGUCCAAAGCUAAAGUAUUUUUUAUUAAUGUGUUUUUCUUUUCAGUAUUUAUGGACAGUGGGAUUUAAGGCUCUCAUUUUAACCAUGUUGUAAAAGUAUUCAAUCUUAAAUCAAAGUAUUCAAAUUUAACCAUGUUCUCAGGGAAUAUUGAUAAAUCUAUUCGAAACCAA